AUGUCGAUCAUCUAAGCCCAGUCCGCCAAGAUGGAAAACGCGCACACUAAAUCGGCGACCGAAGUUUUAGACAACUUCGGCGUGAACGAAAACACCGGGCUGACUCUGGAGCAAGCCAAAGUCAACGUGGAGAGAUACGGACCGAACGAGCUCCCAGCUGAAGAAGGCAAGUCCCUGUGGGAGCUGGUGGCGGAGCAGUUUGAAGACCUCCUGGUCAGGAUCCUGCUGCUAGCUGCCUGCGUCUCCUUUGUGUUGGCUCUGUUUGAGGAGGGAGAGGAGUCGACCACCGCCUUCGUUGAGCCGAUUGUUAUUCUUCUGAUCCUCAUCGCCAAUGCUGUUAUCGGGGUCUGGCAGGAGCGGAAUGCCGAGAAUGCCAUCGAGGCCCUGAAAGAGUAUGAGCCAGAGAUGGGGAAGGUGUACCGCAUGAACCGCAAGGCUGUCCAGAGGAUCAAAGCCAGAGAGAUCGUCCCAGGAGACAUAGUGGAGGUGGCAGUUGGUGACAAGGUGCCUGCUGACAUCAGAGUGACCUCUAUUAAGUCCACCACCCUGCGAGUGGACCAGUCCAUCCUCACAGGGGAGUCUGUGUCCAUCAUCAAACACACGGACCCGGUUCCUGAUCCCAGGGCUGUCAACCAAGACAAAAAGAACAUGCUGUUUUCUGGCACAAACAUUGCAGCGGGCCGCGCCAUAGGUGUGGUCAUUGCCACCGGCGUCUCCACAGAGAUCGGUAAGAUCCGUAAUCAGAUGGCAGCUACGGAGCAGGAGAAGACGCCGCUGCAGCAGAAGCUGGACGAGUUCGGGCAGCAGCUCUCCAAGGUCAUCUCGCUGAUCUGCGUGGCCGUGUGGGUCAUCAACAUCGGCCACUUCGGGGACCCCGUCCACGGCGGCUCCUGGGUCAGAGGGGCCAUCUAUUACUUCAAGAUCGCUGUGGCCCUGGCUGUGGCCGCCAUCCCCGAGGGCCUGCCCGCUGUCAUCACCACCUGCUUGGCCCUCGGCACGCGUCGCAUGGCCAAGAAGAACGCCAUCGUUCGCAGCCUGCCAUCGGUGGAGACGCUGGGCUGCACCUCUGUCAUCUGCUCCGACAAGACGGGCACCCUCACCACCAACCAGAUGUCUGUCUGCAGAGUAAGUGGCGACGCUUUUUUGUUUUUUUUUGGACUGCUGGUUAUGCAGUUUUGCAUUCACUCAGCUGAAUUAGUAUUUCAUAUCCACAUCCUGUCGUUUCAUUGCCUCUUCAUAAAAAGCUUCUGGGAAUUUUGUGUGUGUGUGUGUGUGUGUGUGUGUGUGUGUGUGUCUCCUUCCAGACUGAAAGGAGACAGGCCCAUCCAGUGUGGAGACUAUGAUGGACUUUUGGAGUUGGCCACUGUGUGUGCUAUGUGCAAUGACUCUUCACUGGACUACAAUGAGGCCAAAGGGGUUUAUGAAAAGGUGGGGGAAGCCACAGAGACGGCUCUCACAACCUUGGUGGAGAAGAUGAACGUCUUCAAGACUGACCUGUCCGGGCUCAGCAAGGUGGAACGCGCCGGUGCCUGUAACUCGGUGAUCAAGCAGUUGAUGAAGAAAGAGUUCACCCUGGAGUUCUCCCGUGACCGCAAGUCCAUGUCUGUCUACUGCACCCCCGUCAAGCCGGGCUCCCAGAGCAAGAUGUUCAUCAAGGGCGCUCCAGAGAGUGUGAUCGAGCGAUGUCGGUACCUGCGGGUGGGAACAGGGAAGGUGAUGCUGACGCCAGCCAUGCGCGACCAGCUGCUGUCCAAGAUCAGGGACUAUGGGACGGGCAGAGACACCCUGCGCUGCCUGGCCCUGGCCACUCACGACAUCCCGCUGCGCAAAGAGGAUAUGGACUUGGAGAAUUCAAACAAGUUUGUAGAGUAUGAGUUGGGUCUCACGUUUGUCGGCUGCGUGGGCAUGCUGGACCCGCCCAGGAAGGAGGUGAACGGCGCGAUAAAGCUCUGCAACGAGGCGGGCAUACGCGUCAUCAUGAUCACGGGGGACAACAAGGGCACGGCCGUGGCCAUCUGCAGACGAAUUGGCAUCUUCGGCGAGGACGAGGAGGUUACGGGGAAGGCCUACACGGGCCGCGAGUUCGACGACCUCCCGCUGGAGGCCCAGAGAGAGGCCGUCAAACUGGCGCGAUGCUUCGCCCGCGUCGAGCCGGCCCACAAGACUAAGAUCGUCGGAUACCUGCAGGCGUUCGAUGAGAUUACUGCCAUGACGGGAGAUGGUGUGAACGACGCCCCGGCCCUGAAGAAAGCGGAGAUCGGCAUCGCCAUGGGCUCCGGCACAGCGGUGGCCAAGUCUGCAUCUGAGAUGGUGCUGUCGGACGAUAACUUCUCCACCAUAGUGGCCGCCGUGGAGGAGGGCAGAGCCAUCUACAACAACAUGAAGCAGUUCAUCAGAUACCUCAUCUCCUCUAACGUGGGAGAAGUAGUCUGCAUCUUCCUGACAGCCAUCCUGGGUCUCCCUGAGGCUUUGAUUCCAGUCCAGCUGCUGUGGGUGAACCUGGUGACCGACGGCCUGCCGGCCACUGCCCUGGGCUUUAACCCCCCAGACCUGGACAUCAUGGACAAACCCCCCCGCAACUCCAAGGAGCCUCUCAUCUCUGGCUGGCUUUUCUUCAGAUAUAUGGCCAUUGGAGGAUAUGUGGGUCUUGGAACCGUGGGUGCUGCCACGUGGUGGUACCUGUUUGAUGUAGAAGGUCCACAAGUGUCUUUCUAUCAGCUGAGACACUUCAUGCAGUGUACCGAGGACAACCCCAUGUUCCAGGGCGUGGACUGCGAGGUGUUUGAAUCCCGCUACCCCACAACCAUGGCCCUAUCCGUGCUGGUCACCAUCGAAAUGUUCAACUCUCUCAACAGUUUGUCUGAGAACCAGUCCCUGCUCAGGAUGCCUCCCUGGGUCAAUAUUUGGCUGCUGGGAGCAAUUAUCCUGUCCCUCUCCCUCCACUUCUUAAUCCUCUACGUCGAGCCUCUGCCGUUGAUCUUCCAGGUGACCCCACUGCACUGGUACCAGUGGAUCGUGGUCCUGAAGAUUUCCUUCCCAGUCAUCCUCCUGGAUGAGGCACUGAAAUACAUCUCCAGGAACCAUCUAGAAGGUGAUGAGGAGAAGAAAUACCGGAGGAGGUGGCAGCAGCUGAACUAAGACCUCUCCCUCAACACACUCGCACACUUAGACACACGCCUACCCUCUUCCCUUUUAGGAGCUAGAAACCUGUCCUCAUUCCCAACUCCUGCAUGUCCCCAAAAAAAAAA